UCCCGUGGCAACGGGCCGCCGCCAUGCAGAGAGAGGAGAAGCAGCUGGAGCUGACUCUGGAGGCUCUCAUCAGUCAAGUGGCUGACCUGAAGAACUCCUUGAUCAGUUUUAUCUACAAGCUGGAGAAUGAGUAUGAUCGGCUCACAUGGCCUUCAGUUCUGGACAGCUUUGCAUUGCUCUCAGGGCAGCUGAACACCUUGAAUAAAGUGCUAAAGCAUGAGAAGACCCCACUAUUGCGAAACCAGGUUAUCAUACCACUAGUGCUGUCGCCAGACCGCGAUGAGGAAAUCAUGCGGCAGACAGAGGGCCGUGUGCCAGUGUUCAGCCAUGAGGUUGUGCCUGACCAUCUUCGAACUAAGCCAGACCCUGAGGUGGAGGAGCAAGAGAAACAGCUGAUCACAGAUGCAGCUCGAAUUAGUCCUGAUGUUGCACAGAAACAGAUCCAAAGUCUGAACAAAAUGUGCUCAAAUCUGCUGGAGAAAAUCAGUAAGGAGGAGCGUGAAUCUGAAAGUGGAGGUUUACGACAGAACAAGCAAACGUUCAACCCUGCCGACACCAACGCACUGGUAGCAGCUGUGGCCUUCGGCAAGGGACUGUCAAACCGCAGGCCCCCUGGCUCUGGAGGAGCUGUCCAGUCAGGCCAGCCAGGAGCUGGUGCCAUCAUCACAGGUGCUUCGGGCAUGCAGCAGGUCCCAAUGUCGGGUGCACCAGCUCAGCAGCAGCCGAUGCUGGCCGGAGUGCAGAUGGCGCAAGCGGGACAGCCAGGAAAAAUGCCAAGUGGCAUAAAAACAAAUAUCAAAUCUGCUUCAAUGCAUCCAUAUCAGAGAUGAGCUGAGAUGAACCAGACCCAAGGGACGACGCUUACCAACAUUGUUCUUGCUGCAACCACACCACCUGGGAUUCCUUCUAGGUCUUCCAAGUCCCUUCAGAUAUCCAGGGAGCCAGGGGUUAUGAGGCCCUUCCUUGGGUUUUAUUUAGCACUGGGUGGCUUUGUGGAGCUUCUAGUGGCCGUGUCUCCUGGACACAACUACUUCUCUGUUUGAUCAGAGCAAAGAACUUUGCUUUUGGUAUUGAUCCCAUCUUCAGGUCUGGCCUGGUAGACAGCUACCCUUUCCUGAUACAGAACCUGAAGAGCUGUAUGGAAUACUCUGCUCCUUGUUUCUGCUUCUUCACUUGGGGUGUUCUUUCUUUACUCCAUCUUGUUGAAUAAAGACCUUGUUAUGCACUCAGCGAAACACUGGUGUCCAUCUCGCUGGUCCUAAGAGCUCAGGACUC